AUGCACCGCUGUCUCCGGAUCCCAGAGCUCGCCCAGCAAAUCGUCGACAGCCUGGUGCCAACGCAGGACGAGCGGGUCAAGGACUAUGUGUUGCUGAACGACCAGCCCGUCAUGUCCGCGCUCGCGCGGCUCGCCAGGACGUCGAAGACGUUCCAGGACUACGCGCUCAGCAAGCUGUGGGAGACGCAGUUCGGUAUCCAGAACCUCGUUCUGUGCAUGCCGGACGAUCUCUUCUACGACCUCACAUCCCUGACCUCCGUGGCCGGCACAUUCAUACCGUACAGGUUCAUCGUGAGUGGUCCCGUCUCGCCAGACUCAACGCAGAGUCAGAGCUCACUCACGUCAACCCAACUGCAGCACUUCAAGCGCGCCCUGGAACCCCGGGACUGGGCGCGCUUCGACUACUACGCGCAGUUCAUCAAGUACCUCGGCUGCCCCACCCUAGACAGCGCGCCCCUGCUGGUCGGCAUGUCGAGCGACGUCUACUCCGCGCUCGCGCGCUACCACCGCCAUCCCCGACCGUACCUCCCGCGCCUCCGCUCGCUCACCUUCAGGGCUAUGGCGCAGCCCUCGGAGCUGUCCGACAUAUGCAUGGCGUUCCUGGGCCCGUCCGUCACCAGCUUCACCGUCGCGUCCGGUCCGACGGACAGUGCCUCCUCGCUGACGGCGCUGACGCAGGCCCCGCUCCUCGCGCCGUCUCUGGAACAGCUCGAUAUCGAUUUCAGGUGGUCGCCGGACCCCUCGCGGCUCUUGGUGGGCGCCCUCAAGACCCUGCGCAAGCUCAGAGUAUUGAGGCUCACGCUGCCGACGGAGCCCUUGGGUGAGAUAUGGGCUGCUGUAGCGGACCUCCCCUCGCUCACCUCGCUGUACGUCGGGAGAGAUGAACUUGGCGCUGAAGUGGACAGUUCCCCAUCUGACCCCGCUGUGGAAAGGCUGAACGGCCGUAUACAGUUCGCGCAACUCAUCGACCUCUCCCUCCUCAACUUCCGCAUGUCAAACAGCAUAGACCUGCUGGACCGACUCGACCUUCCGAAUCUCACCGACCUGACGUUGUCCCCGUUCCGCGACGACCUGUAUCCCUGCGAACGGCUAUUCGACACCAUCGCCAAGCGCUGCCCUCCCUCCCUGUCCAAGCUCCGCAUAGAGCCUCCCAGCAGGCAGGCGCACGCCCCCCGAGUUGAAGCCUCCGCCAGGUCGUUCCGGGCCCUGCAGGCCUUCCACGACCUCCGCGUGCUCCGCCUCUCGUCCGUGCGCGACCUCACGGACGAGCUCCUCUUCGAAAUUGCAGACGCGUGGCCCGCGCUCGAGGAGCUCACGCUGUUGCCGGCCCGCUCCUCGUCCCCCGAGAUGAGCGCGACGCUGCUCGGGCUCACCUACGUCGCGGAGACGUGCCGGAACCUGCACACGCUCGCCCUCAACUUCAGGCCGUUCUUCGGGACGUCCGCGCAGUCGAGUUGGCCGCACGGCGCGCCGCCGCGGGGCACGCGCCCCAACACGAGAGUGAAGACCCUGGACGUCCACACGGCGUGGCCGAUUUACGGGGACGGGGUGCAGGUGGUCGCCGCAGUGUUGGCGGAGUCCUUCGCGAGCCUUGAGACCAUCCGCGAGCUGGGUGUGGAGGCGGAGGAGACCUGGCGUGAGGUGCAGGAUCUCCUCCCUGCCUUGCGGGCUGAGCGCAGCGGAGUGCGGUGCGGCCUCGAUACCUUGGAGCGGAGAGGAUAG